AUGUUGAUCAAGGCCAUUACAUCAUCCGUCAGUAGCUUUAUGCCAUCAUCAAUGAGUGGAAGCGUUAUUGGUUCAUCUGGAAGCAGUGGAUCUUCUCAGGGAGGAAACUCAACAUCGGGUUGUGGUCCAUGUGGACCUGUCAACCACACUUAUCAGGAGUUUGUAGCUUAUCCAGCUUGCUACCCAUGCUACCCACCACCAUGCUACCCAUGCUUCCCACCACCAGUCUGUGGCAGAUAUUGUUAA